UUUUGCAUACGACAAUUAGUAAUUAAAUGUUGGCGUUGGCAGUACUGGGAGUAAUCUCAGCUUCGAUGCGAUACUUACCUGGCUGUUCUUCUUAUCCGGGUGCUCUCCUGUUUACUACCUCGUUGAUUUAGUUUAUAGACGCGACUUCGAUGAUAUUCUUGAUUGAUGAUAUUUUUAUACUUUUAUAACGAAUAUAUUUCCGUUUAUUUCUCGAUGUGUUUAUUAUUAUUCGAAUAUACGAUUAGUCCUACAUGGUAGACAGAAGCGUAGGUUUCGAUUCGUUGCUUGUUUUUUAACAUUUCGGUAGUGAUUGUGUACUUGUGUAAACUUCAUUCGGACAAGAUGGAGGCUAUAAUAAAUCCUAUAGUGGAUCGUAUCAAAGCUGAGCUGGAAAGUUUUAUGCGAUCGACAAUCAGUGUUCCUGUGAGCAGCUCAGUAAGUAAUCAGAUUUCUAAUCCGAUUUCGAAUGCGAAUCCGAUUUCGUUAGUGGGCAAUUUGCCAAACUACUUUUUCAUGCCGCCACCACCACCACCUCCGGUGACAUCUGCUGUUCCGGUGACUUCGGCAGUUCCGAUAUCAGUAUCAAUUACAUCCAGCGCAUCUGAUAUGCCGCGACUUACGGUGACAACGUUUAGUAAACCUGCUGGUCGUUAUGUGACAGCUCAUAAAUUGGUGAAUUUACAUACCACUGCUGCAAAUGUGGUUUCGAGUAGCACCACAUCCGCAUCUUUAAGGCAACCUAUCAUGUCAACGGGUGCCUCCGCAGUACCGAUGCCACCACCGGUGGGAAAUAUUGGAUGUGCUCCGCUAACCUUCAAUUCUAUGUUCCCGAAUAUCGAUUAUAAGCUGACGGAGAAAAGUAGCUACCGAAAUUGGCGGCAGAUGCUGUUUGACGAAUUAAGAGUACGCAGACUUAAUGAUAUUGUGGAUGCUUCAGUUCCGCGACCGAAUACAAGAUUCGAUGACUCCAUUCGGAAAGCGACUACUCGUUUACUGAUAGUAGGUCGCCUUGACGAACACCACCAGCGUUUAGUCGAAAACAUCAGGGAACCGGCCGAAAUCAUAAAAUGGUUGGAUAAUGAGAAACUGCCGAUAUCGGAGAACUUACGAGAAGCUCUCUUUCAGAAAAUCACGAACUUACGUUUUGAACCGUUUAUUGACGAGCCGUCGAAGUUCACCAGGCAAUUGGAGGAUUUAUUCGAACGAAGUAAAGAAGCAGGCAUGGUGUGGACGGACGAUUUCAAAAAGAGUAUGCUGUUACAUAAAAUAAAGAAGGCGCGCAGCGACAUAUCGAUGUCCAACCGAACGAGUAAAACCAACUACCAGAUGAUCAAAAAAUGGCUAUGUGACGAAGAGGCGACUGAGAAGGAGCUCAAGGCAGUAACCUCAACGGCGGCUUCAACAGGGGUUCAUUUUGCCUCUGCCAAUUCUUCGAACUCGAAUGGAAGAGGAAGAAAUUUACGAAACAAUCGACGUGGCGAUAGACGUGAACAAAACAACGAUCGACGUGGGGAGCGACGUGAACAAUACGAUGAUCGAGAUCGACGUGGCGAUAGACGUGAGCAAUUCGACGAUCGACGUGGCGAGAGACGUGAACGUGAAGACAAUCGACGUGGUUCCUAUCAGCGCAAUUACGACUCGAGAGAUUCCUAUCAGAACCGUAACUCAUCCGAAGGCAACCAUUAUGGAAGGUGUCGAAAAUGUAACAUGAGAGGUCAUGCGAUGAAAGACUGCAAGACGAAUGGGUCUUAUUGCUACUGCUGCAGAAAAGUAACCGAUCAUAUUGCGAAGAACUGCCCCGAGCGUAAAUCCGAUGAAAAGUCUGGUAAAUCUGGGUCCGGUCAAGGGAAAGGCGAUAGCGGUGGAAAAUCUAUGAUGGUCCGAGGCGAUAGAAAUUUCGAAUUAAAUUCGAAGUAUUAUUAUCCUGACGACUGCCUUAACUCGGCGGGCCAUUAUUAAUUCGAAGACGAUAGUUCCAUUAGUUCCUAUGUUUACGAUGUACGUUAUUGAUCUCCGCCUCUCCGCUAAGAUUAAAGGGGUGUGUUGGCGUUGGCAGUACUGGGAGUAAUCUCAGCUUCGAUGCGAUACUUACCUGGCUGUUCUUCUUAUCCGGGUGCUCUCCUGUUUACUACCUCGUUGAUUUAGUUUAUAGACGCGACUUCGAUGAUAUUCUUGAUUGAUGAUAUUUUUAUACUUUUAUAACGAAUAUAUUUCCGUUUAUUUCUC